GCCCUGUGCUUUGGAGAGGUGCGCAUCCGGGUGGAUCUGCAGAAGUCGCCUCACCUGCAGCCCCCCGACCCCUUGCCCCCCGACCCGGCUGACGGGGCCCGAGAGGAGGCGCUGUCCCUGGGGCCCUCCCUGCUGCAGCUGGUCAGCCAGCUCUGCUCCUUCCACGUGGACUCGGUCAACGUGAUGGUGCUGCACGUGGCCGCCUCGGAGUCCCUGUGGCACGUCCAGGUGUCCAGGUCCCAGGUUUUGCUGGGCUGUGACGGCAGGAGCGUGGCCUGCAAGCUGACCUGUGGCCAGGUGAACAGCAAGGUGCUGAAGAGCAGCCAGCAGGUAAGGCUGGGAGGGAGGGGCAGUCGAGGACCCCCCCCAAACCUCCCCACCCUUUGA